GUCUAGGCCCGAAACGUCAGCUUUUGUGUUCCUAAGAUGCUGCGUGGCCUGCUGUGUUCAUCCAGCUACACACUUUGUUAUCUUGGAUUCUCCAGCAUCGGCAGUUCCCAUUAACUCCAUUGCGCCUCUUGACAGGCAGAGGCAGCAUUGAGAUAAGGAGGAGCUCUUCAGCCACUGUGAGGAGACAGUUGAGGAUGAUUCUCAGGAUGACUUUUCCCAUGGUGGACAAACUAACCUUCCAAAAGAAGUCAUGUCCUUCCCGGAUUUUCCAUUUGAUAGUCAACUCCCUUCUUUCGUUCAUCAUAGUGAUGUGAGGUCAUAUCUGGAACAAUAUGCUGAUCACUUUGAAAUUCAGCCCCACAUAAAGUUUUGUACUCAUGUUGAACUGCUGAAUCCUGUUUCUGGAACCACUGUAGAUGAUCAGAGUUCAUGGGAAAUAACAUCUUUGAAUCUGAACAAUCUCUGUCGUAAUACAGAAAGAUUUGAUUCUGUUAUUGUUUGUAAUGGCCAUUAUUCUGAACCGUUCAUCCCACACAUUCCUGAAAUUGAAAAUUUCAAAGGACAGAAAAUGCACAGUCAUGAAUACAGGUUUGCUGAGUCUUUCACUAGGAAGAAUGUGGUUCUGCUUGGUGCUGGUCCAUCUGGAACAGAUAUAGCAUUGCAAUUGUGCUCAGUUGCAAAGCAAGUUGUCUUGAUACACAAUCAUUCACUGAUAACCUCAUCAAUGCCUUCAAAUUUCCUGCAAGUCAAAGGUGUGAACAGAUUUUCAGAGAAAGGAGUGAUUUGUAAUGAUGGAAUUGAGUAUCCUGCAGAUGUAUUCAUGUUCUGUACUGGAUAUAAGUAUUCUUUUCAGUUUCUUGAAAAAAAUGUUUUAGAGGUCAAAGAUCAAAGAGUUACUCCACUUUACAAACAUAUUGUUCAUACAACCUUUCCAACUCUCUUUUUUAUUGGUUUAUGCACGACUGUUUGUCCUUUUCCUUUGUUCCACAGCCAAGUCUUGUUUGCUUUGGCAUCUUUAGAUGGUACAUAUAAGCUACCACCUAAAGUUGAAAUGGAUGCAAUUACAGAGCAUGAAUACCAGUUCUGUUUGCAAAAUGGAAUUCCUCACAGACAUUUUCAUAAAUUGGAUAGUCGUCAGUGGGGCUAUAUUGCUGAGUUAGCCCAGUUAUCCAAAACAGACUCCGUAUCCCCUGUUAUAAGGGAUCUGUAUGAAGCAAACAAGAAAUUUAGAAACCAAGAUCUGUGUAAUUAUAAAAGGUUUAACUACAAGAUAGUAAGCCAUGACACAUGGAUAACAGUGAACCCUAAACCAUUAUAAAACUGUCAGUCUGAUGGAUGGAAGAUGCAAAUCAAAGAAAUGACAAAUCAACCAGCUAGAUAUGUUAUGUGGAUACAAUAGUGCAGUUUUUCCCCAUCUUUUCAUUUGGGUUUAGAAGAUCUGCAGUGUUAAAUAUACAGUAUAGAUGGAAAAUGGGCAAAGAUCAUGCAUUGCAAGAAAGUCUGUCCAUUUCUUGUCAAUAAAUUUAAGUAGAUAGAAUAUUAGGAAUAAUUGCUCAUGUAUGACAUGUAUAGUCCUUUCUGUAGUUCUUUUUUCUUCUGUAUUUGUUAUACAAAAGCAAGCUUACUUACCCACCUGAUCUAAAUGUAGUAGCUGGAAGAUGUGUUGUGUGUGCAAAUACAAAUUAUUAGAAAAUGCAAAGAAGUACUAUUGCAGAAUACCAUUGAAUCCCAUUUCUUGUAAAGCCUUAGGAACCAUGCUAUUGCAUCAAUUUGUUAUUCUUUUGCUAAAUGUUAUUUGCUUCUUUUUGUUGCCAAAGUUUGGGAUAAAUCAUUGAUCCUGUAUAAAGAAGUUGCUUAACUUAGCCAGAUGGGGAGGAAUCAAUUGCUCAGGUUUCUCAGAAUUACAGUAACAAAAUUCUUGAAAGUUUCAAGCUGGUCUUGAUUUCAGGUCAAAUAUGUAAGAACAAAGAAGAAAUACGAGCUAUGAGGUUUGUAAAAUUAUAUAAUUAAUUCUUUAUUAAAUGGGUAGCCCUACAGAGAGAGCAAAUAAACCCAACAUUACAAAAGAUACCAAGACACCAAUUGGAAUUUUGCAUUCAGUGGCAAGUAUAAACCUCAGCUGGAUGUGUAAGUAAUCUAUACCCUUUGGCCCUAAUCCAUAAACUAUAGGCCACAUCAGACAAAAUAAAUGGGUCAGCUGGUCUAUACGAUUCAUCUGUUAAAGGCUUUAAGUAUUGUCAAAAAUGGAAUAAUCUAUUCCUUGCUAAUUAGCUAAAAUAUUUGCACACAGACAAUGCCAUGAUUUACCAAAUCCGCCUUAGAUUGCCAGCGUGUCUUAAAGAAUGCAUGCACCAUAUUUUCUACAGUAAAUGGAACAUAAUGAACAAGCACAGUCAUUUUUAACAGUUAGAUCUUUCUCUCCUGAAAUUGGACACCUAAGCCCUCACAUUAAUGACCGAUUUGAUAUUUUCCCAACCGGAGACCACAAGAAGAUGAUGUGCUGGAGUCUACAAUUCUGCAAAAAUAUUUGUGGAUAUUAUAAAUACGCGUAUCAUUGUUAUAUGCAUGUCACUUUUCACUUUACAAGCACGCUUCUUUAAAUUUUGAGAUGAUCAGCUGUAGGAUUCUUUCACAGUACCAGCCAUUUUGGUUCUAUUGAAAGACUGGGAUUCUUUUACACUGCCAAUAUUCAUGGAAUCAUAUUUGAGCAGAAGCAGGCUUCCUAUGCUGGAAAAUCAUUACUGAUUUUCAUGAAAUCUGCAAGCAAGAUCUGAUGAUGUGAUGAUGUAAUUAUGAUCAGCUUUCAUUGGAAACAAUCAGAAUGAAACAAAAUUCUAUUUAAGUAGUAAGCAUUUAACAUAUUAAAAUUAAAGUAGAAAAAGGCAGUUUGUUUUUGAUGUUUUAUGUUAUUACUGUCAAAAGUAGCAUUCUGAAUACUAAGACAAAGUAGUGGAGGGUGCUUGAACUAUUAUGAAACUUUGAAAAGUGAUUAAUUUGAAACAUUAAUGCUGCUUCUCUCCACUGAUGCUUCCAGACCUGCUGAAAGUCUCAAGUAUUUUUUAAUUAUAAAUAUUAGCUGGAUAAGGUAAAAUAAAAUUUGACAUAUAAAUUUCUUUGUAAAAGAUAAUGGAACAAAUUUUUGAUUACAAUAUUCCCUUGCUAUUAUAAGUUUUUAUGAAUGCAUUCUAAUUAAAUGUAGCUAAACAAUAAUACAUUCACACACUGUUUGCAUACUAUGCAUACUAUUACAAAGUAUUUCCAGCAUGGAAACAGGCUAUUUAGUCCAAAAUGUCCAUGCAGAAUUUAUCUUCUACACAAGCCUUCUUCAUCCAAUCUCAGCAAUCUAUCCUGUUUGUAUUUUGUGUGUUUAUGUAACUUUCCAUUUAAUGGAGCUAUGUUCUGGGUAAACAAGCUCAUCCUGAAUCUUCUAUUGAAUUUAUAAGUGACUGUCUUACACUCAUGGCUUAGUUUGGUCUUGUCCUCAGGUGGAAAAAAAAUUCCCUAUCAAACUACUCCGUAAAUGCCAAAACUUAAAUUCCUCCAUCAGAUCACCCUCAGUCUUUUGUUUUUGCUUAGUAAAAGGGAUCCAGCCUGUUAAAUUCUUCCUUGUUGAUACAAUCUGUUUUCUAUAAUUUAAAAAUAUUUUUACUGUACUUUCUCUAAUGCCUCUUUUUGUUUUUUAGAAAAAACACUGUAUGAACAUCAGAGCUGUUCAGUGUGCCAUUUACGGUCCAGCAAAGCUUAUAUACUUUAACAAAAAUUUAACGUACCUUCUCUGCUUUUCAGUUCAAUCCCUUGACAACUGAAGCCUGAUGCCUUGUUAUAUUUUUAUUUUAUGAUGUGUAGAAUACAGGUUAUCUCCGUUGAAAUUAAUUUGCCGAUUAGAUGCCCAUUAUGCAAGUUUCUUAAUAUCGUCUUCAGUUGAUUAAUAGUUUCUGUACAGCUACCGUAUUUUGGGAAGUAGCAUUGUACUAUGGCAGUUAUUCCCAAAGCUGAUUAUAUCACAACCUUAAAAAUGCUUGGGCAACAGAAUAUUUAACAAUUAUAAAAAUUGUAGUUACAAAGCAGAAAUUCUAACUAUGCUAGAUGAAUACAAUCUGUUAAAUGUCUGCAAGAGUUUGUUGAAUGCUAACAAUAUAGUAAUGAGUCUGACACACACAGUAUGAAUUUAGCCUGAUGACUGAUAAAUACAAAUAGAAUUCCAGUGAAGAGUUACAUCAUUGCAUUGUCUCUCAUAUUGCCUUCAGCCUGUGAAAACCACCAAGAGGUACUGGAUCUUUUAACUAUGCAGUCAUUUUCAAAUAAACUUAAAUGUCUGAUAUUGUUAGCAUUAUUUUUGUUUUUACAA